AUGGCAUCAAAGUCAAGGAAAGAAGCAGAAGCUGAAGUCAGAGGAUGGGGGUUUAACCAUGUUUUCACUUGGACCGACGGCCCCAACGCUCACUACCCGNNCCCUCACAAACAUGCCGGCGUGACGACACAUCUGGUCCUUAAAGGAAACCUGACCCUCAGUUAUCCUGACGAUCCGAAUCCCAAGAAAGAGCAGUGCAAUGUCGGUGACCGGUUUGACGUUGACGCCAACAAGCGCCAUGAAGUAUGGAUUGGUCCUGAGGGUUGUACCUACGUGAUUGGAGAGUGA